CAGCUCUUUUGGCAUGUGUAAAGGGAUAUGAAAAGUACGAAAGCGAGGUACCAGGCAUAUCCAUGACCACAUACCGCCUUCCUAUCCACCUUCGUAUUCUGAAUAGCAUGCCUAGAUUUAGUAAGUAGUGGUUAGGCAGUGCGCCUGGAAACGUGUGUAUACUUCCACGUAUUUCCUAUGUGUCGUCUGGCCGGCCUCCAUACUGCGUUAUUUGGCGUCGACCUUCUGGAGUCGCUCUCUGUUUCUGCAUAAAUGCAGAACUACAAGUACAUCUCAACUAUUGGGGAGGGUGCUUACGGCGAGGUAUGGCUGUGCCGCGAACGGCACACUGGAAACCUGGUCGCUGUCAAGGGGCUUAAACAGGCCCACACCUGCAAGGAUGCGCUGCGCAUGGCCGUGCGCGAGGCCAAGGUGCUGACUGCCAUCAGCCACCCCAACCUGGUGCGCCUGCUGGCCACCUUCCGCUCCCAGAGCGGCAGGAUAUUUAUGGUGUUCGAGUACGCAGAAUCCAGCAUGCGGGCUGAGCUGGAGCGCUUCCCCCAGGGCCUGCCGUCUCGCAAGCUGAAGGUCCUGGUCUGGCAGCUGCUGUGCGGUGCAGCCUACCUGCACGACAACCGGAUUGUGCACCGAGACAUCAAGCCCUCCAACAUUCUGCUGGACGGCAAUGACAUCGUGAAGCUCUGCGACUUUGGUUUCGCGCGCUUCACCACAUGCGGGCCAAGGGACGUGCAGCGCUGUACCUCGUACGUAGUUACGCGCCACUAUCGGGCUCCAGAGGUGCUCGUUAGCGACUAUUAUGGACCCAGCGCUGACGUCUGGAGCAUCGGCUGCACAAUUGCCGAGAUUGCAACGGGCAGGAUACUCUUCCCAGGCGAGUCCACGGCUGACCAGCUCUGGCUCAUCAUGCGCUGCCUGGGCCCACUGCCCUGGCAGCAGGCGGCUCGCAUGGCUGACGACCCCGAGCUCUGCGUGCUGUCAGCACCGCGGCUGCACAAGACCCUGCGUCAGCGCCUUCCCGAGCUGGAGCCGCAGCUGUUCCAACUGGUGGAGGCGUGUCUGCGCCUGGACCCGCAGAAGCGACCCACGGUUCAGGAGAUGCUGCAGAUGCCGUACUUUGAUGAUGUGGAGGCCUGCUUGGAGGGAAGCGCGCUGGAGGCGUUUCUGCAGGAGACCGAGGCGAGGAGCAGCGGAGAAGGGCAACAGGGGAUGGCGGUGGGCGACGACUGCGGCCGUGUGAAAGCAAGGUUAGGGGCGCCAGUAUCGGCGCCUCAGCUGUCAUUGCAGCUGCCUCAGCGUGAGGAAAUACGGAAGAGCCGCACGCAGCAGUUGCAGGACCAGCAGCAGCGCGCAGGAACUUCUCGAGCGCUGGGCGCUGAGGCAUCAGCUGCUUCCCUAGCUGCUGCAGCGACACAGCAGCAAUGCGAAGGUACCGUUUCCCGCAGGAAGUCAUCGUUUGUCGUGCGAGCGCUGGCAGCAUUUGCUGACAUCACCGCACAUGUCAAGCACCACGAUCCCGCAACGGCGCAUGCGCCUAAUAUUGCGGCCACUGCGGUUUCAGCCACUUCGCACCACUCGGCCAGCCGUGGCACUGCUGAUACCGCUGUGGAGUCUGCCGCAGCUUCGCAGUUGCCAAACGCACAGCCGCCGCUGCCGCCGCCGCCGCAGCAGCAACCACAGGAGGCGCAACAGGGGAGCCGGGCCGCCGUUAGGCGCAACGAGUACGCUGCUCGUGGGGAGCAGCCCUCUGUCGAAGACAUACCGGAGAACUUUAGUACCUUGGCCGCAGACGACGAGGAUCCAGAAACCCUGGCGCUGCGUUGCGCCACACCGAUGCAAGGGAAUUUUGGGGACGACGAGGACAUGCUUUGCGUUCCGUUGGAAGAGCUUGGGAGCUGCGGCAUGCUUGCGAGCAGCCGCAGCAGUGAUGGUGCUGCUAUCGUAUCGGCUCCGAACCGGCUCGUCACCGUGCCAUCGUCUUCGCCGCGCAACCAAAACGCCGGCACCAAGGACGGUUGUGGUAAUCAUUUCAUGGAUAUGAUGGAUAGCGGAGACUUCGUCAUUACCCUGUCCGCCUCACCUUCUGUGGAACGUCACGCGUCAGCACGAAACAUGGGUGGCACCUACUCCUCACCUUUCACUACCGAGCAAGGUCGCGGGAGCACAUCCAUGGCGCGCCCCUUGUCCAGCAGCAGGAAUGCGCGCGAUAUGUGGCAGCAAGCCUCCACGCCGACAGGCGCGCCUGCCUUUCAGGCGCCUGCUGACACCGUUCCACCCCACGUGCGACCCAAGGGUCGGCCGGCCGCGCUUCCCAGGCAGAGGGACGCCAGUUGGACAACAAGCGGCUCGGGAGUGAAGCACGAGCACCGCAAGCUGCUGCGAACCUGCAGCGUCAGUGCUGCCUACAACAGUCCCCUAGCGGCGUCGACGGGUGCUGCUGGUUGUGACGUGAUGACGAGCAGUAAUUCGCAGCUUGAGGGCGGCGGCAGGUCCGUGCCCGGUGCUGUUUCCCUUGGCCGGAACAUCCGUGACGCCGCGUCUCGUCUUGUGAAGUUCCUCAGCGGCAACGACCACAACGGCACCGACAACAACCGUUCGCGUUCGGCUACCAACGCAGUGUAUGAUUGGAGCCGUGGCCGUGGUGAAGCGGCUCCUGUUCCUUCCGUAGACGGCCGGGCAUCCACACCCGUGCGUGGUAACUCGCCUAGCUCGGCACCCAUCCUGGCCUCCGCACCUACUGACUACGUGGUGACGAGGCCAGGACCUGGAGCAUAUCGCAAAAGCCGCCUAUGUUCCAUGUCAGUGCGCGGUCCGUACGAUAAGGAAAGCCCGUUGACAGGGAGUCAAAGCCGAGGAAUAGACCUGCCGGUGCUGAAAACCUGCGCCUCUCAACCGCCCCCAGACUGCAUCGCGGUCGCACCACGCGCCGCCUCCCCAUCUUCCCCAGCAGCCUUCCUCUGCACGUCCACCUCCCUCCCUGUGCAGACCCGUGGGUCUAUGCUGCGAGCCAAAUCCUCUCUUUCGGCUUCUGCCUCCAUCUUGCCUCAAAUCAGUGAUGGUUUGACACAGAGCCCUAGCAGCAGCCUUCGUAGCAGCACCCGCGUGCACCACUCUGGCGCCGCGGCGGCCUCGGUGACGCCUGUAAGGUGCUCGGAUAUCAUGCCCGCUGUGGUGCCUCGUGCUGCAGAAUGGACCCCGCGUCAUGCGGGUAACAGUGAAGCCACAGGCGUUGGUGGUUGUUGCAACCAAAGCGGAAGCGCGGGCGGUGGGGCCGAGGGCAGGGGUUCAUCCAAAGGUAUGCUGCACAAGCUAGCCGUGAUUAUGAAGGUGGGUGCGUAGAUAUCGGAGUAGUGCUGCAUGAGUAAUUGUUCAAGGAUGACCGCGUGCCAAAGACAAUGUUACGAGCAUACAAAAUGGAUGCAAGCUUCUGGGGUAUGUAUUUCAUGCGAGUCGCCUUCCUGAGCAUGAAUGCGUGCGUGUACGGCAGUACCGGUAGGCAGGAAAGAGAAAAUGAAGCAACGACAAGAAUAAGAACAAGUGAUUUUAUUGCCCACCGUUCGUCAUCCAGAUAACUGGUAGCACGUGCAUUGAAUGAAUUGGUCCUGCCUUCGUAUGGUUUCGUUUGUUCGAUUGCCCUUGGUUUCCUUAGGACGGAGGAGGGCAUGGAGAAGAAUUGGCUGAGAGACAGAUAAGCCGUUGCUGUUAGUGAAGUCCUGGUUUAGAGGAUGGUCCGUUGGAGACAACUUAUUUCACAAUUCUGAUUAAGUUGCGGCUGAAAUGUAAAGAGAGAGAGAGAGAAGGCGGGCCAUUUUUGCCGCCAGUGAGCGCAGCUGUUGUUCUUGUUACGGAUGUAGCGCGCAACAAUGCAAUUUGGUGCGUUUGCAUGUGUAGCCGAAUACGUUUGUAAUGUAUACGGAGCGUUCGUGAAAGCCCGUGCGCCCAUUGCAUGUUGGACGGGUAAAGCAGCCAAUGAGUGAAUGAAGAUAAAAAAACGUCUGGGAUUUUUACUGCUGGAGCUGAAUUUCUGCGAGCUGAUGGCUCGAUAUUUUAUUGAACGAGGUAUAAGAGGUUGACCGUUGUUUGGGAUGUGACGUGGUUGGCAUGUUGAUCGCGAGGGUCGAGGUUAAGCGUCAUGCCCACGUUUUGGGCGUUGUACGUUUUUGCUGCAGAACUAGGAAGGUUUCAUGUUUGAUUGAAAAUGUACAGUCCUCUGAAGCUCUAACUUGCCCUGUUUGUCCGUAAGUGUCGACUGUUUGAACUUGCUUCCCGAAUUGCCCCGCACUUAUUUGUUGCCGGAAGCUAAAUCCCUUGCUUGUCGUUAGACCCUUGAGGGAUUACCGGUGCUGCAGGACAAGGCAAAGGGACUGCUUGCUGCUGGUGUAGGAUUUCUGACGUGGUUAAGCGCUGACAUGAUUCUAACGCUCUUGUGCGCGCCUCAGCGUUCCUAAUUUCAGGUGGAUUUGGCUGGACUGCUAUUGCAGCAGGACCACGCCUGCCUAGCUACUUGCCUACGUUACCUUCACGUAAGACACGUACACGA